GGCAGAUUGGGAGAGAUGCCCACUGCGGAGAAAAUGAGUCAAGACAUAAGGGAAGUGGUGCUAUCUAUUUUGCCAAGCCUCUCAAAUGAAUCCUUAACAUCUCUUCUUGAACGGUUAGAAGAGCUUGGUGUGGAAAGCAGAGAAGACCUUGCUUUUGUACAAGAGAAGGAUCUGGAGAAACACAUUAGGCCAAUCCAGUGUCGCAAACUGUUAAACAGCAUUAAAAAUGAAGGACUUGUAACAGUUCAAAGUGAACUGGAUGCUGCUGCCUCUUCAUCCCUCUCAUCAAGCCCCAUGAGCACUCCACUCAUCCUAUCUUCUAACUCCUCAAGCAGUUCAAACUCCUCUGUUUCUUCGUCCCCACAUCCUGGCAGGCCAUGGUAUGCAGAGUUCAAAGUCAAUUGGAAUAGGAUGCCAGCAGCAAUUCAAAAAGCAGUGGCAAAUCAAACAAGACCAUCACCAGGAGACAGAAAAGAUAUGGUGAAAGCAGUGGUAGAUCAGAUGCUUGAACAUGAUCUUAACCCAACUAGAGCAAUGUGUCACAGCGUAGUCCGAGGAAUUGUAAGGGAACACCCAAAAGUUUUGGAUGGGAAAAAAGGAGACAUGGGUGGAGAGGGCUGCCACUCUCUUCUUCAGCAAAUUAAAACAAGAGUGGAAUAUAAAAACAGAACAAAUACUCUUGCAAGGCGACGAGAGAGAAGGUCCCACACUAAUGCAGCAGGGGAGGCAAGAGGCCCUGUAGAUCAGUAUGGAUGUGUGAGGUGGUGUCCUGUAGAACUGCCAGCUGGAGAAACGGAGGCAUCAUUAGAUGACAUGAAAAUGCAGCUACUUAAAAUAUUCUCCGAGUUAGGGAUGAGUGGAGCAGAGAAAGCUGAACCUCUUAUGGAGAAGACCUAUAUCCACCAGCGCCGAUACCUUAAUGGAGUGCCUGCACCACACAUUGCACAAGUUCAGAAGGAAUGGCCUUUCCUUUUCUCUCAAAGAUGUCUUUACUCCCACUUUAGGCUUCUAACAGACAUAUCUAUCCUCAGCAAGCUGCAAGAGGCACUGGACAAUAAAGGCAGUACAAUUAUAAAGUUCUGCCAGGAACUAAGCCAUCAUUCAGGAAUUCAGGAUGUGCUGUCUAAGUUUGAACCAGAGGUUUCAGUUAAGGCUGCAUGUGUCCUUCUCCUCCUGAUGGCAUACUUUAAGGAGCCCAAGGAUGCAAUCCUACUUCAAGCAGAUACAUGUGCCACAGGUGCUGAUGUUCAGAGGACAAUGAUGCUACCAAGCACACCCCGCUUGAUUAUACAAGAUGACAUGAUGAAGCCUAAAGCCUGGAUGUUGUCAAUUGAAGGACAAGUGGUCAUGGGACCACAUCAUGAUUUUGUCAAUGGUAUUGCUACAAUCUUUGCAAGUUAUUACAACUUUAACUUGCAGUAUCCUGAAGAUGCCUCAUCCACAUUGGAGUUUAUCCAAAGGUUUUUUUUGGGUAUUAACCCAGAGUCGGGCUCAAAAUCAAAAAAGAAACACGGACACAUCAACCAACAAGUCUGCACACUUUUGAGGAAACUAAUUGAUUUUGAAUGGAUGUCAAUGUAGACAUUUUCAGAAAGGACUCCUAAUAAUUCAAAUUGAUUUAAAGUGUUUUAAUCCCCUGUUUUGCCUCAGUUUAAUUUCUAUCUUGCUGUCUUUAAAAAUGUUACACUGCUUUAUAAUUACAUUUUUGUUUUUUAACAUUAUCGUUUAAAUGUUAAACACUGGAGUUUAUAUCUUUAAUUUAAUUUCUUAAAAUAUACCUUUUAAAAGGGAAAUGCUUUCAGAAUUAUUGAUUGCUUUUCACUUGACCCUUUCAGAUGUCUGCAUAUCUGGAAAAAGUAGCACAUAUUUACAAAUAAUACACUGUUGAC